CCGGCCCAUCGGCGCUAGAAAGCAAGGCCCACUACGCACUCCUGCGCGCCAUGGAAACCGCCGCGUUGGCGUCUAGCUCGACGGCGGAGGUGGAGGCCGGCCGACGCGCCGACGCCGACGCCGCUCCCCCGCGCAUGACCACCGUCUCCAAGCACUACUUCGGCGGCGCCUCGUCCGACCGCGAUCACGACCUCCGCGUGGAUAUCGUCGAGAAUAUAGAAGAGGAUUACGGGAUGUUUGUAUGGCCAUGCAGUGUCAUUCUAGCAGAGUACAUGUGGCAGCAGAGGUCACGCUUUAUUGGCUCCAAAGUUGUCGAGCUUGGUGCUGGAACCUCGCUACCAGGGUUAGUAGCUGCAAAGGUUGGAGCCGAUGUCACACUGACAGACAUCGCCCAUAAUACAGAGGUCCUGAACAACAUCAGACAAGUAUGCAGACUCAAUAAUGUCAAUUGCUCUGUAUUAGGACUUACCUGGGGAGAAUGGGAUGAACCUAUAUUUGACCUGCAUCCUGAUGUUAUUCUUGGAGCCGACGUGCUUUACGAUUCAGCAAAGUUUGAUGACCUCUUCGCGACAGUCACCUUUCUGUUGGAAAAUUCCCCUGGGGCGGUGUUCAUAACCACAUAUCACAAUCGCAGGUUCCAGGAAUUGUUUAGCCCCCUUUAUUUUCUCUUGAAAGAAUUUCAUGGCCCAAUCUUAAUGAAUCUAUUUGAUCCUGAAUGCAGCGGCCAUCAUCUGAUUGAAUUUUCAAUGGUAAAGUGGGGUUUAAAGUGUAUAAAGCUUCUGGAUGGCUUCUCCUUCCUUCCAUCAUCCAAGGCUGCUUCACUACAAGGAAACAUCCAGCUUGUUGAGAUUGCACUUGCCAAGCAAAAACCAAAUUGCCCUUCAGCUGAUUAGAAAAAUCUAUUG